AGGUACCUGGAAAAUGGCUCAUUCAUACCACAAUCUGAGCAUGUUGCCUUUUCAAAUCUGCGCAAGACGGGCGAGGCAUUCUUUAAUGUUGCGGAGUCUAGGGACGUGAGUUUAGGGUGUGAUGAGAGUUUGGGCAGAAUUUGGGGAUAAAAUUUUUUCCGGGGGUGGUGUUACGUGGAAAGUGAAUUUCCUGGGGGGUUUUUAGUGAGCGCGAGUUUUCCAGGGGUUUUUCAGUGGAAAAGUUUGCAAAAGUUGGGAAAUAGAGGAGGUUGAGGGUGUGGCUCUGCCCUGCGACAGCCCCGUGUCGCAAGGUGGAGAAGGAGUUAAAAGAAGACUAAAAUUGAGGAAGAGUGAUGGGAAUUCGAAGAUGAAAAAUAAAAGCAAGAGUGAGAGUGAGAGCAACGUUAAUAGAAGAAAAGCUAUGCAGUUUCCGGCAAAGGAGACAAGUGAAGAGAAGCAGAGAAAAGGCCCGAUUGAUCGUGGAAAAGGUAGAGGAGGUUGGUAGGAGUGAUAUAACCAGUGAAGAGGGAGCUAGUGGAGAAGCAACGGCUCAAGAAGCUGAAGUCCCUAGCAGCGGGAAGCCUAUCGAAGGUGGUAGCACUGCUGUGGAAGAAACGGAAAUGACGGAAAGUACGGCGUCACAUGCUUUGCUCUGUGGCGAGGAGAAGAAGUCGAGGUUCGAAGAGCUGAAGAAGUAUCGAAAACGUGGAGCGGAAGAAUUGGCGGAAUUUAAUUUGGAAGGUGGUAUUGAAGGUGAUAAAGAAGCGCCCAGUCUUUCUGAGACUACGCAGGAAAGCAGCGUUGGGGGCUAUAAAGAAGAUGAAGAAGAGGCGAAUAAAAGGCGGAAGGACACGCCUGGAAAACAAAAUAGAGGAAAAUUUAGAAGUGAGAAGAAGAAUUUCUAUAGUGAAAAACUGAAAAGCAAAGAGUAUGUAGUCACGAUAGUUUUGAAGGAGUGCUCAAGCAGGAUGAAAAAAAGUAAUGCGGUUAAGAUUUACAAGUUGCUGGGGAAGUUCUCCCGUUUCCUUAAAGGUUUUCAAACGAUCGGAUAUAACAAAGCUGAAAUUACUUGCAGCGAGAUGGCUGCCGCAAACGCCAUAUUGAAGUUCGCAGAAGAAGAUGGCGCCGCGAAUAACGCUUUUCUUCCCGAACGGAAACUGGUGAGGAAGGGAGUGAUCGUGGAGUGGGAGGAUUCGAUCCAGGAGUUAAGAGACUUUGUGAUGCCGGGACAGGGUGAUUUUACAUUGGAGAAGAUGAAGAAGAGGGUAGUAAGGGAGGGUAAAAGUGAGUGGAUUGAAGGCACGGCGAUUUCAUGCGGACGUCGCAGCUUUUAUGCCUGCAGUAGACCGACUUAAAGAUGAAUUGAAACACCUCUGGCCUUACUAUAGAAUCUUAAAACCUAAUGAUCCAACU